CGGCUAUUUACCGCUAACCUGCCCCCAGCUGCUGCUAGUCCUACGACGGCAUACAUGACGAUCAGAGAAACCGCAUGAUCCAGUCCAUCCCGUAGGAAUCCCAAGAUCCCAUCUCACAAUCUUCCUCAUUUCCACGACGGCCACCAGAGGACUCUCCCUCUUCACAAUAGAAGCAUCAUUCAACCCGAACAACGGGCGCACAACCCAUCUCAUCUACUAGAAUCAUCUGUACGAAACGCGUGAUCAGCACAACCCAAGAGCGACCGGCGGGCCUUAUCCGAGUCAAGCGUCGAGAAGGGAGCGGUCGGUUGAUUUGCAAGAAAAAUACACGGGGGAAGAUAUCAACGCCCCCGAAGAGGAGGUACCCUGGUUUAGACCAUCAGAUAAACAAACAGCCAUGUCGUCCAGGAAGAAGGUGUUAUUGAAGGUUAUCAUCCUUGGAGACAGCGGCGUGGGCAAGACGAGUUUAAUGAAUCAAUAUGUGAACAAGAAAUUCUCGACCUCGUACAAAGCCACGAUCGGCGCGGAUUUCCUGACCAAAGAAGUCACGGUCGACGACAGAAUCGUUACCCUUCAACUGUGGGACACGGCAGGCCAGGAGCGGUUCCAGUCGCUCGGGGUGGCCUUCUACCGCGGCGCCGACUGCUGCGUGCUAGUCUACGACGUCAAUUCGGCCAAGUCGUUUGAGACGCUCGACUCGUGGCGCGACGAGUUCCUCAUCCAAGCUAGCCCGCGCGACCCCGAAAGUUUCCCGUUUGUCGUCAUUGGAAACAAGAUCGACCUGGGUGAAGAGCGGCGAAUGAUAUCGCAGAAGAGGGCGCUGGCCUAUUGCCAGCAGCGCGGCCAGAUGCCUUACUUUGAGACCAGUGCCAAGGAGAGCAUCAAUGUCGAACAGGCCUUUGAGGUCAUUGCUCGGAACGCCUUGGCCCAGGAAGAGAGCGAGGAAUAUGGUGGCGACUUCUCGGACCCCAUCAAUAUCAAUCUUGACCAGGAGAGAGAUGGGUGUGCUUGUUGAAGUCUUCAUUGUCGAAAAUUGGUUGCCCAAGGAAGGACAUUUGCCCUCACCGUGGGGAUCUCUGGGAAGAUGCUCCUCCUCACCCCUGCUAUUGAGUGUGACUGGGAGAGGCUAAGAGUGGCGGUGUUCCGUUUCUACUUGCUAUGCUUGCUAUACAUGGCAUGUUCAGGUCGGGCCCAUUCAGCGGUCGGAUGCACAGUAGCGCACUGUAGGUCAUUAGGUACUCUGGGGAUAUCUUGUACUCCCAUGUUUUAAUCUGGCGUUUCGCUCUUGGGCUCGGGAAUCAGGGCGUAAGCGACGGAAAGGCAGAGGCCACGGCAACGGCUGAGCAAACUGUACUCAUAACAGGUCCAGGUAAAUCCAUAGUCUGUCUUCGACAUAUAUAAGCAUUGCGUUGUUGGUUUUCCCCG